CAGAUGGAAUAUGUGUCGGUACAUAAAUACAAAUAUCCAGCACGCUGCCAUCACCGUCCUCUCGUCCAUUUUAGCAGUCCAGGGAAAGCCAUGAAGGUCCAGCAGCGCGCAGUUGGAGGGUUCUGGGAGCAGCAACUGCAAGAACCCUCCUCUCCUUCCUCCUCCUCCUCCUCCUCCACCACCACCACCACUUCUUCUUUGACGAUCCGCUUCAAGCGCCUCCUCCCACUUGCACCCAAGCUGACGGCCACCGUCACUGCCACCGCCGCCGCUACUACUCAAACAAUAGCCUCUCUUGAUGUCAAGGGCUUCCACUUCCCCAAGACCAAAUGUACUGGCCAGGUGGAGACGCAGACAGGGGGGACGAGGUGGAAUCCAACGCGGGAGCAGAUAAUGGCGCUAGAGGCGCUGUACCGGAGUGGAAUGCGGACACCGAAUGCCCACCAGAUCGAGCGCAUCACGGCCGAGCUCGGCAAGUACGGGCGGAUCGAAGGGAAGAACGUCUUCUACUGGUUCCAGAACCACAAGGCCCGCGAGCGCCAGAAGCAGAAGCGCAGCGUCCUCCUCGCCCAGAGCAGCAGCAACAAUGACAGCAGCAGCAACAGCAGCACUUGUCCUCCAAUCAUAGCUCUAAAGUCUACUGGAUCCAGGGGAGGACGAGUAGGAGGAGGAGAAGCGGAGGAGUACUACGACGGGAGUUGCAAGCGUAAAUGCCGGAGCUGGGGAGGCGUCGGACGGGACAUCAUGGAAGAGGGUGGGGGUGACCGCACCCUGGAGCUAUUCCCGUUGCACCCGGAGGGGAAGCAGAUGAGGUAGCUGAUAUGCCAUAUGAAAAGGAGGCUCUUAAUUAACUUCUACCUCUUUCCCUCUGUUUUCUCCCACACCACUCACGCCCCCCUCUCUGUGUCAUGUUCCUUGGUUCCUGGUCCUGUCGCUAAGUUUAUUUUGUGGUUCGAAGUUCUUUCGUUCGUCCUAUGUAUUGCAGAUUUUUUUUAUAGAUAAAUUAGUAAUAUUGAUGUUCUUCUUCU